CUUGACAGGUCGGAGCAUGGCAAAUUUGUCCAUUUCUUUCGGAUGGCAUCACCCUAUAUUGAGGGCCAUAGAGGACGGACAUUCGUCAUCGUCCUGCCAGGAGAGGUCUUCCAAGAAAAAGAUAAUCUGCACUGUUUUCUGGAAGAUGUCUCCCUUCUGCACGCAGGUCUUGGAAUAAGGUUAGUGAUCGUGGUGGGCCAUCAGCAACAGAUAGAUGAGCGACUCAAACAGCAGGGCCUGGAGCCUCGGUUUGUUGGUGGAUAUCGUGUCACGGACGCUACCGCCCUCAGAGCAUCUGCAGAAGCUGCGGGACUGACUCGCAUGGAGGUGGAGGCGCACCUGAGCAGAGCUCUGUCAGUGCCUGUGGUGCGGCGGCAUGCGCGCGGUGGGGCUGACUCAUCAGACUGCUUCCACUACGGCCCCGCCGUGCGCAUUGUGAGCGGCAACUAUGUCACCGGCAAACGGCGAGGAGUGAUUGACGGCGUCGAUUUUGGGGCCACGGGCUCAGUGCGUUUUGUGCAAGCGGACGCUGUGAGGCAGCAGCUGGAGUUGGGCCAUGUGGUGCUGCUGUCCAGCCUGGCAUACUCUGCAGCGGGCGAGGUCCUCAACUGCAACUCGUAUGAUGUGGCCACGCACGCCGCCAUAGAGCUGGGGGCUGACAAGUUCAUCUGCGUGCUGGACGGCCUGCCGGACAUGCAGCUGCCGCAGUGGCUGCCCCUGGGUGACGCUGAGAAGCUCAUCGGCGACCGUGCCCAGGUGCGGCCUGGUGCUCUUAUCCUGCAAAGAGAGAGAACCCCACCUAGAGGUCAUCUGGCUGACGAUGAUGCCGGCCACGGCGCCUGCAAUGUCAUGCGCUACACUCAGAAGGCAGUCAACGGCUCCAUCAAUGAACUGGAGUUUGAUCUUGACUGCUGGAAGGCGAUGCACAUCCCCACGGGGCUGCUGGCGUCGGUGGUGGCUUGCAAGAAUGGGGUGAAGCGCGCGCACCUGGUGAGCGCCUACAUUGAGGGCGGCCUUAUCCUGGAGCUGUACUCGCGCGACGGCGUCGGCACCAUGAUCUCCACCGACUUCUAUGAGGGCAUCCGGCCGGCAAGGCAAUCGGACCUGAAGGCAAUAGAGGAACUUCUGGCGCCGCUGGAGCGCGCGGGCAUCACCAAGCACCGCUCCAAAAAGGCCCUCAUGGCCGACAUCCCCCACUUCACCGUUGUCGAGCGCGAGUCCAAGUUGUUGGCCUGCGCGCUGCUGGUUGAGCUGGGUGCGUCAUUGGAUGGGGUGGAGUGCGGCGAGCUGGCGGCCUUCUGCGUGCACCCCUCCUACAGGGGCUCCGGCCGGGGCGACUCCCUGCUGGACUAUGUGGAGCAGCAAGCGCGCGACAAGGGCAUCCGCCGACUGGUGCUGUUGACGACUCGCACAGCAGACUUCUUUGAGCAACGCGAUUUCCUGCAUGCUGGUGUGGCCCACGAGAGCAAUCUGUUGCCAGAUUCCCGCCGAGCCAUUGUGGACCCGGCUCGGAACUCAAAGCUUUACAUCAAGGCUCUGUUCGAUCUUGAUGAGGCUGCUCCCCGUGCUGGGAAACGGAUUGGUUUCUGAGGAUGCUGCCUCUGCCUGCCUGGGGGCAUUGUUUUCUGUGUCAGAGCAAUGCAUGCAUCCCAUCACAGCAAGUUCACCCAAUUGAUGCCACGUAUUUGUCCAGGCUUGUUACCAGGCUAGUAAUUCAGCGUUUGUUUCCUGAUUGCCUUGCCAAGAGUGUGAGAUUCAGAACACUGCUGCACGUUUGCAGCACAGAUUUCUAAUUGUAUUGGAAUGUAUGUUUGAAGUGCUGCCUACCAUUCUAUGCAGUGCUCGUUGGGAAAGUAGUUGAACUUUUGCUUCUGAAUCGCAGUGAGUCUUUGAUUGUGAGCUGCAUUUCAAGAGUUGUAAGUUGUCGCUCCUGGGAC